UAGACAUUUUGAUAAUAAUAGUAAUAAAAAUGUCAUCAUAUAUAUUAAAAAAAAAUACACUAUAAGUAUACAGUGAGAAUAAAAAAAACACCCAGACAUGUCCACUUUAUGGAACCUGAAAAAUAAAUCAGUCAGGAUUUUAGUUCCUAAAUGUAAGUAAGUAUUGAGUGAAUAACAACCGUAUGAGCCAAGAGAUAUUUCUCCCAUCCAUUUCUAUUCCGCUUGUCGUCAUUUGGGUCGCGGGUGAGCUGGCGCCUAUCCAGGCUGAUUUUGGGUAAGAGGCAGGAUACACCCAGGACUGGUCGCCAGUCAAUCACAGGUCUAAUAGCUAUUUCCCGGCACUACCAAGGACACAUCAGUCAGCACGAAUUGAAUUCAUCCACUUCAUUGUCGCAUGCGUCUGCGUUUUGAGUCCCAUCUUGUUGUGUUAGGACUGUACCGUGAUUUGCUCCCUUUUCAGUCACCAUUUCUGCAGUCAUUGGGUAGCCUCACAUGUCUAUGUCCAUAGCAGUACCACUGACUAGUCUUGAUGUCGCCCAGCACUUGGACAACGGCAAUGUCACUGAUAAUGGAGAUGUCGAGAGCUGCUGGUCAAACAGUUGUGAGUGAGAUGGAAAAAGAACACAGGUUAUUAUCUAUGUUUUAUUAAGUUUGUCAAAAAGGGAUCUUGCUUCUCAUAUAUUGGGUUCACUGUAUCUCUACUAUUUGCAAUUUCCUUGACAAAGAAUUGAGUAAUGCAUUAUUACACUCACUAUAACUAAAUUGGAUCAUGUGCUGUAUUCUGUUUGUAUACUGUUGUUUUGGCAUCGUUGUCGUUCAUGGCUAUUCAUAAAGUCAAAAUGUUCUAACAAUGAGUUUGGAUCAUUCAGCAAUGGUGCAGCUUCUUGAUGUGACAAAACAGCUGUCAUAUGAUAGCAUUAGUGUUGAUGUUGGUUUCUCAGCCUCCACACAAAAACCUUCCCCUCAUUUGCUUUCCUAACUGCUGCCUCUGCUGUCACGUGUGAUUUCCUGGAGGGUCACUGGUUGAGAAGUCAUGGGAGACAGAGGCUGAAGAGUCAGAGAAGAGAGUGACCAAAGAGGCAGAAAAAUAGAAAAUGACAUUUACAUCAGGACAUCAGUAAGUCGCUUGAUCGGCUGCAGCAUCUGCAACGUAAACCCUGGCCUGGUCGUCGGCCAAUUGCAGGUAAGUGUGUGUGUGUGUGUGUCCACAGAGAGCCUGUCAGGAGGGGAGAGCCGAGAGCUCUAGUGAACAGGAGCACAGGAGCAGAGUGUCGCCUCUUGUUAAAUUACGGAAAGGACGGGAGGCGAGGGGGCAGGAAGAAAGGCGGAUGCCGUCUGCGAGUACUUGUGUGCGCUCUGGUCCGACCUCCUGCAGCAGUCCUGUGGCGGUGCUGCUUAUCUCCGUGGUGUCUCGUCUCGGCGCGGAACAGGACGGUCGCCGGUCGCCACGCCUUUGGGGAGCCUCUGACACGGCGUCAGCUCGCCUUUCGGGUCCACUCGUGUUUUCAUCGCUCGUCGGGACAGCUACACGUCGGAUCAAGAAUGGGGCUCGCUGUGUAGUGGUGCCAGGAAUGCCCCAGACUGUGUGCUCAGGCACCAUGUUCACCACUCCUAGUGGCUUCAGCCCCCAUCUGGCCUGCACUGAGCCUGAGGAGGAGGAGGAGGCUGCACAGGAGGGCCAGGGCCCGGCGGCUUGCUUGGCUGAUGGGCCCCCCAUCAGCUCUGCCUCACUGGAAACGCUCAUCCAGAAUCUCGUGCCUACUGCUGACUACUAUCCUGAGAAAGCCUAUGUGUUUACGUUCCUGCUGAGCGCCCGUCUGUUCAUCCCUCCUCCGGAGCUACUGGCCCGUGUGUGUGAGCUGUGCAUCAAGCAACAACAGCUGGACCAGAGCCCACUUGAUACGGCAAAAGUGCGCAAGUUUGGUCCCAAGAUCUUGCAGCUGCUCACAGAGUGGACGGAGACAUUUCCGUCUGACUUUAAGGAUGAGAAGAUGGUUGGACUCCUUAAAGACAUCAUCCACAGGAUAGCUCCCUGCGAUGAGGCCUACUGGAAAACCUUAAACCAGGUGCUACAGAAGCUGAGCCAGAGGCUGGCCUUGAUGAGUCAGGAGGAGGAGAGCAUCGUCAAGGUCUCUCUCAAUGCCUCCCACAUCUCCGACAAGCUUGUGGCCUUCAAGACCAAGCCCCCACCCAUCCAGAAGGACAUGCUCUCCAUCUGCAAUGACCCUUACACACUGGCACAGCAGCUCACCCACGUGGAACUGGAACAUUUGAGUCAUAUUGGACCGGAGGAGUUUGUUCAAGCUUUCGUUCAAAAAGGCCCCCUAGAUGGAACCCGGCAACAACCAUGCUUCAGUGACCAAAAGAAAACCUCCAACCUGGAGGCAUAUGUCAGGUGGUUCAACAGGCUGUGUUACCUGGUAGCGACUGAGAUCUGCAUGCCUGCAAAAAAGAAGCAGAGGGCCCUGGUGAUAGAGUUUUUUAUCGAUGUGGCUAGAGAGUGUUUCAACAUCGGAAACUUCAACUCACUCAUGGCCAUCAUCUCUGGAAUGAAUAUGAGUCCUGUGUCGAGACUGAAGAAGACCUGGGGCAAGGCCAAGACUGCUAAAUUCUUCAUUUUGGAGCAUCAGAUGGAUCCUACGGGAAAUUUUUACAACUACAGGACCGCCUUGAGGGGAGCCGCUCAUCGCUCUCGGACGGCCAACAGCAACAGAGAAAAGAUUGUGAUCCCCUUUUUCAGCCUGCUCAUUAAAGAUAUUUACUUCCUGAAUGAAGGAUGCGCCAAUCGACUUCCCAAUGGCCACGUAAACUUUGAGAAAUUUGUGGAGCUAGGCAGGCAAGUUGGGGAAUUCAUGAUCUGGAAGCAGGUGGAGUGUCCAUUUGAGGAAGACCAGGCCAUCCUUCAUUACCUCCACACUUCCCCCAUCUUCAGUGAGGACGGACUUUACCUCGCAUCCUAUGAGAGUGAGAGUCCAGAGAACCAGGUUGAAAAGGACAGGUGGAAAGCUCUCAGGUCAAACGUUCUAGGAAAGACAUGAGGCACUGACGGCAGCUUACCCUCUCGCCAGCGAGGGACCGCAUGUUCUCAUUGCACUAUAAAGAACUGUGAAGGAACCAAGCUGGUACUUAGGUGUUUUCUAUAAAGAAAAGAUGAAUUUAAAAAAACAAACGAUGAUGAACAGGAUUCAUCAAGAAUAUGGUGUGAAGAAGAAAAAAAAGAUGUGAAAAUAAUUAAGCUACUGAACAAAUGAUGACAUAGUACCAUGAUGAAGAUGUUCAUUUUACUCUGUGAAGACAUGGUUACUACCACGGAGAGUACAGUUACAGGGAAAAACACUUUAUCACAUCAAAUUCCUACUGAUGCUGUUGUUGUUUUGGUAUUUGCUUCACUCUCUUUUUCUCUCCCUCUUAGGUCAAAAGCCUCGAUAGCUAUUUUAUUUGACGUUUUUCUUACAUUGUAAUGUACUGUAAUGAAACUUUCCAUGAUGUGACGGGUGCUGGAUUGCCCAUUUCAGAUGUUGAGUUUUAUACUGUCAGUCUACUGUAGUGAAGGAAUUACUGCGUGUGCCUGGGAAGAUUGGGAAGUAUUUUAAAAUGUGUGUGUGUGUGUGUGUGUGUGUGUGUGUGUGUGUGUGUGUGUGUGUGUGUGUGUGUGUGUGUGUGUGUGUGUGUGUGUGUGUGGGCGCAUGUGUGUGUUUGUGCCUGUGUGCAUGCAUUCUCUUCUCAUGAAGCAUCCAUGUCUACUGAGAUUGUCUUUUAUGAGAAUGACUGGAAAUCUUUAUUUAACUUUCAUUAGAUUUGUUUUUAUUAUUUAUUGUAUUAUAUUUUGUAGGGUGGGGGAAUAUGUUCUGUUGGAAAAGUGUUUACUCCUCUCAGAUGUAUUGUGGCAUGAAUGCGGGAAAACUACAGUUAGCUUAGCCACAUGUGUACAUUCAGCCCUCAUCUUUCUGUUCCUCAGGAAGUCUUUUCACUUGACUGAUGUUCAGUUGUCUUGUUAUAUUUAUGGAGAUUUCUGUGCUGACAGAUGUAUUGUUUAUAUUGUACUUUUCCUUUGUUUAAUAUGAAGUGAUAUGGCAUGUUACAGUGGGUUAUUUCUUAAAGGGGAAUUGAAGCGAUUUCACCUUGUAUUGACUAUUACUGCAAGCUAUAAUGAUUAUGCAUUCUUACAGUACAUGUGAACGAAGGACAGUGUUACGUAACGAAGGGAAAUUGUGCCAUACGAAUUUACUAGUUCUGAAAAUUCAGGUCCAUCUUACGUGAGGUGUGAUUGUUUGUGCGUUUGUAUUUGGCCUUUUUCCUCAUGCUUUUGGAGCUCUUUAUAAGGAUGGCUUCAUAGGGAGCAGAACCAGUGUAAUUAGAAGCAUUUCAAAACCACCCUCUUCUUUAUGAUUGCUUGAUGUCUGUAUUUCCUCUUUGAAAGACUAAUAAUUCUGCUCCUUAUUCAUAAACCUUCCCUGUAACCUUGCUAGAUCAUGCCACAGAUGUGGCGUGCAACCUAAGAUGACCGGUUCUGAUUACAUUUAUCCUGUGAUUUCGAUGACAAUCGACUACACAACAUCCAUUGCAUUCAAUUUUACAGCAGAUGUGUGUUUAAAAGAUGGGUUUCACCAGUGCUUUCCUUUAUUUAGGUCAAACUGAAACCUUUGAUUGCAGCAUCACUGCAAAAUGUGUGUUCUUUAAAACCUUUAAUAAAGUAAGCCAUGCUCAGUU